AUGGAUCACUUACAGCGCGUCUAUGAUGUGGUUGCUGUUUACUUACCCUUUGUUGCUGGAACUCCUCGUCAAGAUCGUCUUUGUGAUGCAUGCAAGGCUCUCAAUCUGAACUGGUUUCAGUUCAUUAAGCGUGAGCGGCCUCCGACCACCGAGGAGAUGUGGAUGUACGAUGGAGAGAAUUUGGAUCUUGGAAAUCUCCGAGACAUCUUCAAAAGGCGAAGCAAAUGCGCUUUCUGUCGACUCGUUUGUCUGACGGUGGGAAUGAAAAGUCGCUCUCAGCUACCCAAAUCUCCAUUGGGGUAUCCGACCACGCUCACUCUCAAGUAUGGUCCGGGAAGCCACGAGCCGCUGAACUUGCAAUCUAGGUGGAUAGACCUUCAUGUUACCACAUUCUCUCCUGCGAUCGACUUCACGACGAUGGAUACAAUAAUCACGCACAAUCCGGGGACUGGGCUUCUUGGACGCUUCCUUGAGGGAAGAUCCACACCUCCUCUGGUUGAUGGUAUGCUUCUGCGUCGCUGGCUUCACUGGUGUCAGUCCUGGCAUGGCGACAAAUGCAAAACCCCCAUUUCUGUGCCUGAGGGUGAGCUUGAAAUAUGGCUCGUCGAUUGUCAUGAGGCGUGCCUGGUGAAGCUGCCAAUAACGACCUCCUACUUGGCAUUGAGCUACGUCUGGGGUAGGCGCAAGGGAUUCUGUACAACCAUGGCUACGCUGGCGAGACUUGGGCAGACCGGUGGUCUCUUAAAGUAUUCAUGGAACUUUGGUGACACGGUUACGGAUGCCAUACGGCUGGUGAGGAAAAUGAGAAUGCGAUAUUUGUGGGUAGAUCGGCUCUGCAUCGUCCAGGAUGACGAUACUUCAAAGGCCUUCUUCCUCCGGCAAAUGGCGAGAAUCUAUGCGAGAGCAGAGGCAGUCAUCAUUGCGAUGCACGGAUCCAAUGGUGAGGCUGGGUUGGCCGGAGUUACACGCCGACGCAAGUCAAAGCAGGCAGUUGCGAAGAUUGACGACCUACUUAGCUUAACAAUUCUGCGCAACGAAAACCAGCAGAGAAAGAGUAGCACAUAUUCUACCAGAGCAUGGACUUAUCAGGAGGAAGAACUGGCUUCGAGGCGGAUAUACUUUUAUGAAGACGAGGUCACGUUCGAAUGUGGAGAGGCUAUGUUUCGCGAGAGCGUCUGCUGGGAGAACCCUCAAGUGAAGCACAAGUACUGGUCGAAUCGACACCUGCAAUUUGAGGAAUAUGGCCCGAUGUCCCUCCUUGACGGAUACUCGCGUAUUGUUGGCAACAUCAGCUCGCGCCACUUGACUGUUGACACUGAUAUACUCGACACAUUUCUGGGAUUAGCCAACCGCUACGAAGCUGCAUUGCGAACCAGGAUCAUUUAUGGCAUUCCACUGAGCAACUGGGAUUGUGCCAUACACUGGAGACCAUCCGGGGACGGGUUGUCGCGGCGCAAGGGUGGCUUUCCCAGCUGGUCGUGGUGUGGUUGGGUUGGAAGCGUUGAUCUAAGACUGUACAAGAUGGACGUAGCAAUGUCCAAAUGGAUCCAAAGGUAUUGGAUACAGUGGUAUCUGGAUAUGAACGAUGGGAAAGGUGUGCAGAGGCUCGAGACCACCCAUUUCUUCCAGGCUGAACAUACCAUUCAUCAGCAGAGUUCCACCAACUUGAGUGUGGAGCCAGUAGCUCGACUGGCUAUACCGGUUGGAGGUGGCAGUACUGACGGGAACACCGCUCCUUUGUUGAGGUUCUGGACCCUAUGUGGAAAGUUCAAAGUACGAACAAGCACCGAAUGGGCGGGUUCUGAUUUGACGUCUUGGUUCCUGGAAAAGCAGCGUCAGUUUCCACUGACCGGCGUCUAUGACAACGAUGGAGUUCUCUGUGGCACUGUACGGAUGCACUCCGGUGCUGAAUUUGAGAAUGAAACGACUCAGGAGUUCGCGCUGAUCUCGGGUACAAACCUAGCCAGAGGUACGCCGUUAGAACGCGUCCUGAAGUCGCUGUUCAACAAAUAUCAUUACCAGGAGACCCUAGACUCCACAGGCGCGCCGAAGGCUUUACCUAAUGCCAAAGGGCAGUUACCACAGGCCGUCUCCGAUCGGAUCUUCCAGAACGAGCCGUUACCAGAAGUGCAAGACCCCGGUGAUUAUCUUACUGAAGGGCGGGAUGACGUAAACUUCUCGUUCUACAGUUGUUGGCUCAUCACGCCACAUCCCGGGGGCUCUGACGACAUUUACGAGCGAAAAGGUGGAACGGCCGUAAUAUACCGCGGAGCAGUAGAGCGGUGUAUGAGCGGGCUUAUGGAGUGGAAGGAGUUGGCCGUUGGCUGA